CCCAGAAGCCCGCGGGCGGCUUGGAGCGCUGCCCGUAUCAUGGCCGCGGGAGCCGGGACGGCGGGCCCUGCUUCCGGCCCGGGCGUCGUGCGUGACCCAGCGGCGUCACAGCCGAGGAAGCGGCCCGGACGGGAGGGCGGGGACGGCGGGGAGGGCGUGCGGCGGUCGGAUGCAAUGGCGGGAGGAGGCGGGAACAGUGACCGCAGCGGGCGGGCGGCGGGCCGGCGGGCGUCCCGGAGCGGCGGGCGGGCUCGGCGGGGGCGCCACGAGUCGGGGCUGGGGGCCGCGGCAGAGCGAGGCGCGGGGGACGCCCGGCUGGAGGAGGCGGUCAACCGCUGGGUGCUCAAGUUCUACUUCCACGAGGCGCUGCGGGCCUUUCGGGGUAGCCGAUACGGGGACUUCCGACAGAUCCGGGACAUCAUGCAGGCUUUGCUUGUCAGGCCCUUGGGGAAGGAGCAUGCCGUGUCCCGGUUGCUGCGUGUUAUGCAGUGUCUGUCGCGCAUUGAAGAAGGGGAGAAUUUAGACUGUUCCUUUGAUAUGGAGGCUGAGCUCACACCAUUGGAAUCAGCUAUCAAUGUGCUGGAGAUGAUUAAAACGGAGUUUACAUUGACAGACGGAGUAGUGGAAUCCAGUAGAAAACUGGUCAAGGAGGCUGCAGUCAUUAUUUGUAUCAAAAACAAAGAAUUUGAAAAGGCGUCGAAAAUUUUGAAAAAACAUAUGACCAAGGACCCCACAACUCAGAAACUGAGGAACGAUCUCCUGAAUAUUAUCCGAGAAAAGAACUUGGCCCACCCUGUUAUCCAGAACUUUUCCUAUGAGACCUUCCAACAAAAGAUGUUGCGCUUCCUGGAGAGCCACCUGGACGACACUGAGCCCUACCUUCUCACGAUGGCCAAAAAGGCUUUAAGAUCUGAGUCCGCUGCCUCAAGUACAGUGAAAGUAGAUAAACAGCCAGCACCAGAGCCUGUGGAAAAGCCCACCAGAGAGUCUCCAAGGCAGCUGCAGAGUACUCCAACCACCAUUGGGAUUCGGACUCUGAAGGCAGCUUUCAAGGCUUUGUCCAGUGCACAGGAUUCAGAGGCAGCUUUCUCAAAACUGGACCAGAAGGAUCUGGUACUUCCUAAUCAAGCAUCCCCAUCAUCAGUAGCUCUCAAAAACAAGAGACCCAGAAAAGAUGAAAAUGAAAGCUCAGCUCCUGACAGGGAGGGCAGCUCAGAACUGCAGCCCAAAAACAAGCGCAUGACAAUAAGCAGAUUGAUUUUGGAAGAGGACAGCCAGUGUACUGAUCCCAGCACAGGCCUCAACUCCUCCCAGGAGUCCAUUCCAUCGUCACCAUCCAAGCCCACAGCUCUCAGCCACAUGCGACCUGGGGAGAAGAAUCCCAAAGCAUCCGGAGGCAAGUGGAACAGCUCUAAUGGCGUUGAAGAAAAGGAGAGCUGGGCUGGAGAGGACGAACUGUUUGCAGUGGAAGCAGCACCUGAUGAAGACAGUACAACCAGUAUAACAAGGAAGCAGAAGUGGACAGUAGAAGAAAGCGAGUGGAUCAAGGCUGGAGUAGAGAAGUACGGAGAAGGAAACUGGGCUGCCAUUUCUAAAAAUUACCCCUUCGUUAACCGAACAGCUGUAAUGAUUAAGGAUCGCUGGCGGACCAUGAAAAAACUUGGCAUGAACUGAAACAGGCAUUGAUUUCCACAGGAUUUGCAGGAGCGUGGUUCUAACAAUAGUCCCUGGUAGUCUGCUGUAUGUUUCAGAAGCUGAGCUGGAAGGAGAAUUUGGGGACAACCCCCUUCCAAUAUGAUUAGGCCUCCAUCCAACUCAUCACUGUUGGAGAUCAUGGAGCUAAGAGGCAGAGGCAAACGUACCCCAUGUCCUUGGCAGAGAACAGGCACACUGCUUGUACUGUGCCAGAGUAUCACUAGUGUUUCCCUUUAGUGGUUUGCUUACAUUUGAAAUCCCCACUAAUCUGCAGAGCCUUCUCCUAGGAAAAGAUGAAGUCCAAGAGGAGCCACAUAGGAUGCCAUGAUCUGUGAAAACCAGCAAUGUGAGCAUUAUCUGAAAUGAACUUGUUCCAUAUGGAGUUUUGGCCUUGUAAUGCAGACGCGAAGGAACUCUGUCUGUGAUGAGCCCAGGUUAAUGACAGACCAGUCCUCAUGGAAUCAGAUUCCUUUUAAAAACUGUUUCGCCACUCGUGACGUCAACCCUAGGCCUGACUGCCUUGGCAUUUGCUCUAAAUAUGUGCUGAGCAACAUCGGCGGGUUUGUCCUCCACUUGUUGUGGUUGAACCAGUGUGGUUUUUUUUUUUUUUUUUGGUAAAAUGGUGAUUGUACAUAAGCUUAGUUCCCCUACCUGCCCCCUCCUUUCUCAGUUUCUUUCCUUAUGCUGGACUUUAAAAGCUUAAAAAAAAGUCCUGGCUGAAUAUAAAUGCCUAAUUCCA